GACCCUGAUGCCUUUAUUUGACCCUGACUCCGGCCUCCUCACAGUAUCUGGGAUGGGAGAUAGUGUCAUUGACUGCUUCGAGGUGUCUGCCACUGAACCAUUCCUUUCCCAAGUGAGCCACUGUCUGACGGAGGCCCCAACGCGAGGCGUUGCCAUGGUACCCAAGCUGGCAUUGGACGUCCUGUCCUGUGAGGUCAUGCGGGUCCUGCAGCUGACGGACAGCUUCAUCGUGCCAAUCAACUACCACGUGCCGCGCAAGUCAGGACAGGAGUUCCAUGCAGACCUGUACCCAGACACCUUGGGCCGGACCGCAGCCAUGUCAGCUGCGGAGUGGUGGAAAGGUGGCGAGAAACAGGUUGAGAAGGUCAGUGUCAACCCAUCCAAUCGUCAGAAGCCUAACAACGCUAAACCAGCCAAUCAGACGCCUGCUAAGAAAGAGCUGCCCAGUGGGAGGAGCAAAGAGGAGGCUCCAGUGCGAGGCUGCUCCACCUCCAGCAGUCCCCUGAGCUCCACCAGCAGCAGUGCUGCCCCGUCCCGCUCCCCCUCCUCCACCUCUGGCCUCUCCUCAGGCUUCCUCCCCAGCCCCAGCCAGAGUGCCAAAGCCAUCAACAGCAUGUUGGGUCCCAGCAGUAAGUUUCGUCACCUGCAGGGUGCGGUGCUCCACAGAGACACCCACUUCACCAACCUGAAGGGGCUCAACCUCACCACGCCCGGGGAGUGUGAUGGCUUCUGUGCCAACCGCCAUCGCGUGGCCGUGCCCCUCGCCACCGCCGGGGGUCAGAUCGCCAUCUUUGAGUUGUCUCAGGCUGGGAAGCUAGCGGACACGGGCCUGCCCACCAUCCAGAACUCUGUCAACGUGGCUGACUUCUCCUGGGACCCCUUCAACAGUCACAGGCUGGUGGUGGCGGGCGACGAUGCUAAGAUCCGUGUGUGGCAGGUGCCCGAGGGGGGUCUGACAGAGACCCUGACUGAGCCAGAGACCAUCCUGCAGGGCCACACUGAGAAGAUCUACUCAGUCAAGUUCCACCCCCUGGCGUCGGGCCUGCUGGCAUCCUCCUCCUACGACCAGACGGUGCGCCUGUGGAACCUGGAGUCUGGGGACGAGGUCAAAGCGCUCCGGGGACACCAGGAUCAGAUAUUUGGGAUGGCGUGGAGUCCGGAUGGUAAACACCUGGCCACGGUGUGUAAGGAUGGGAAAUUGCGCAUCUACGACCCUCGCAAGUCUGCUGACCCAGUACAGGAGGGUGCAGGUCCUGAGGGCCACAGAGGGGCUCGUGUGGUGUGGGUGUGUGACGGCAAAUACCUGAUGGUGUCAGGAUUCGACAGUCGCAGUGAGAGAACCCUGUACCUGCACUCCGCUGAGUCCCUGUCCUCCGGGGCCAUCGCCAGCGCCCCCACCGACGUCUCGCCCUCCACCCUCAUUCCCUUCUACGACCCCGACACCAGCGUCGUCAUCCUCACCGGAAAAGGUGACACGCGAGUGUACAUCUUUGAGAUAGUGCCAGAAGCUCCCUAUUUCCUGGAAUGUGCCAGCUUCAACUCCUCAGAGCCCCACAAGGGCUUGGCCUUCCUGCCGAAGACUGAGUGUGUGGUGCAAGAGGUAGAGGUGGCCAGGGGUCUGAGGCUCAGUAAGACCUCCAUAGAGCCAGUGGCCUUUAGAGUCCCCCGCGUCAGAAAAGAGUUCUUUCAGGAUGAUGUGUACCCAGACACAGCAGUGUGGUGGGAGUCCUCUCUGACUGCCUCAGCCUGGCUGGCUGGUUCUGAUGGGAAGCACCACUCCAUCAGCCUCAAGCCCAAAGACAUGACCCCAGUGAGUGAGGCGCCCAAGGAGGUCCAAGUGAGAAAAUACCUUCCAUCCUCUCACUACCUGGAGGAGAAGACUGACGAGCAGAAGAAAGAUGAGCUGUUGAGUGCCAUGAUAGGCAAGCUGGGGAACAUGGACGACAACCCUCUACCACAGGAGUCCUUCCAGGGAGUAGAAGACGAUGAGUGGGCGAAAUAUCUUGCACAGAUCAUUGUCAUGGGGGCGCAGGUAGUAGGACGGGCGUUUGCACGUGCAUUGCGGCAAGAAUAUGCAGCCAGUCAAGCUGCAGCGGAGGCCAGGGGGCGUGCCGGCCAGCAGUCAGCAGCAGCCUCUAGUCUCACUGGGAUGACCUUACAGGAGGCCCAGCAGAUCCUCAAUAUGGCCACGCUCACCCCUGAGGAGCUCCAGAAGAACUAUGAACACCUUUUUAAAGUCAACGACAAGGCAGUGGGCGGCUCCUUCUAUCUACAGUCCAAGGUGGUGAGAGCGAAGGAGCGUCUAGAUGAGGAGCUCUCUAUUCAGACACAGGACAGUCAACCCAAACCCCCACCAGAGCAGAAGCAACAGACACCAGAAACAUGAAGCGCCCCCCUCCCAACCCCACCCACUGUAAAUUAUACCCUCAAUAAAAGCCUUAUCCUUUUCUCAA